CAACUGAAAGUCAUGGAGUAUUUCCUGACCAGGAACUUUUACUCACAAUUCGAGUUCUUUUUUCGACCGACUCCCACGUUGGGAGUACAUUCUAGCGUUCGAGGCAGUGUAAGCUUAAGUUGGCCAUUUCUUUUAUGGUUUUACGAAUGAAGCUCAGGUUUGAAACUCUUGAAAUGAAGGCUUUUGUGUAUGCUUUAAUUAUUCUCACUCUAGUGCUAAUUUUGAACCUACUCUCGCGAAGAAGGAAGAAAAAAAUCUACGAGUUUAUGGCAUCGUUACCUGGGCCCGUUUGUUUCCCAUUUAUUGGUUGCGGGUACACUCUAAUGACCAUGGGCCAAACAGAUAUGGUGGAUUUCCUCAGAACUCAAAUAAGGUUCUACCCUCGAAUUUGCAGAUACUGGUUUUUUCACAAACCGUAUAUCUGCGUCAGCGACCGGAAAAUCUUGAGCGCGGUUCUCAACAGUUUUCAAUGCAUUAACAAAAGUGCGGAAUACACGCCUCUCACCCAAAUGGGAGCAGGAAUAUUCACACACAAUGGCACUAAAUGGCGUAAAUUGAGGAAGCAAAUUAACCCCUGUUUUAGAACUGACGUCAUUGCAACCUUUGGUGAAACUUUCAGCCGUAACACAAGGAUUCUCUUAGAUGCUCUCCAAGAACGUGCUGACGAUGGGAAAUCUUUCGAUUUGUUCCCAUUGUUGAAUUCAUUCACAAUUGAUCUUGUUUUUGAAAAUUUCAUGGGAUGCAGCAUAAAUAUGCAAAAGGAGAGACCAUCAGACAUUCCGCACCAUAUACUUCGGGCACUAGAAAUUGUUUUGCAGAGGUGCUUCAAUUUUUUGGAGUGGCCUGAGCUAUAUUGGCAGUUGUCAGGAAAACAGAAAAAAAUAGACGAACUGAUUGCGCCUUUGAAGCGCAUCUGCCGAGAGGUCCUGCAACAGCAGCUAUCACAAAUACGCAAAACAAGAAAAAGUGAUGCACAGCUGGAACGCAAACCUCUACAAUUUAUCGAAGUAUUGAUGAAUAACAUAGAUGCUGGGGACUUGGACCUGGACGAAGCCGUUGAGGAGGUGAUCGAUAUGACAGCGGCUGGAUCUCUGACAACGGCAAUGUCAAACGCUUGGUCCCUUAAAGUGCUAGCCUCUCACCCGGACCUCCAAGAAAAAGCGUACCAGGAGGUUUUCAGCAUUAACCAGGGAAAAGAGAUUAAAUUCGAACAACUCUCACAACUCGUCUAUGUGGAGGCUGUCAUCAAGGAGACUAUGCGACACUUCGGGGCUCUUGUUACUGGUCGCGACGUCCUCGAGGAUCUGCAGGUCGAUGAAAAAACAACUAUUCCGGCUGGAGUAUCACUGCUACUGGCAUUAUAUGAGCUACACCACGACCCGGAGCUGUGGAAGAAACCGGCGAAAUUUUAUCCAGAGCACUUCUUACCAGAGCUUGAAAGCCGUCGGCCAAAAGGAUCAUUUUUACCUUUCUUAGUUGGACCAAGGAACUGUCCAGGAAACAAGUAUGCAAUGCAGUCCAUGAAGUAUGUUUUGGCUAACACGAUUCUACACUUUGAAUUUUUACCAGUUGAAACUCUACCGGAGGAUUUAUCGGAGAUGGAGUGUAAUUUUGCUCUAUUCCUGGUGCCCAAAUCGGGAUUCAAUGUCUAUGUCCGAAAGAGACGUACAUCUCAACUUUCUCCGGACUUGAUAAAUACGGCAGAGGCUACGGUGUGACCAACUUUGUAAUCGGACUAAAAAGCCGAUCUGUCAACUAUAGAUGUCCUUCAACUUGCAACACUGCAACCUGAAUUUUGGCAAAAGUUCUCCAUAGUUAAAAAGAUUAGGUGGGGAUUCGGCCGGUUUCUGAUUUAUUAUUCAGAGUAUGGAAAGUUUGGCAACAAUGCACAGAACAAACAUGAAUGAAACGUGGUAUAAAAGAAAUGAGCUAUUUAAGUAAAGUAGUGUACGUACAUAUCUGAAAUUUACAUUCGCGAUUUAGUAAAGAUCGAGUGGAAUCUUCUUUUAAAGUUUUUAAUAACACAUGAACAUUUGGUUGUUUCUUGUUAACGAGUUUGUUCAACUGGGAGUUCCAGCCUUUCACCAAAUUAUUUGUACGGUCAUGAACAGAGGAGCAAUUCCACAUCUCCUUCGGGAUGUUUGGAUUAUCCACCGAUUGUUCCACAGAAGAAUCAUUAAAUUUCAAAAUGUUAUCGUGUAAUGGGCAAUCCUCCAUAAUAAUGAACCAGACAUCAUCUUGCUCAUCAAGGUCAAUAAGUGCCGAAGAGGCACAUUUUCUAAUAUGAUCUCUUAUGGCAGUACAGCUUUAUACUCAACGCUGAGACCCAAUUCCUGAACUUUCCUCCAAAUUGACCGGUUAAAAUGAAAGUUACACCCGUGCAAUUUUGCGUCAGGAUAUAAAUUUGACAAAACGGAUAUGACAGCAAUCUCAAAAUCUAAACAGAAACUUUGUGGCUUCCACGUUCGAAAUUUUUCCACAUGAUAAGAGCAUUCCUCUGCUUCGCAUUAGUACAUUGUUGCCAAACUUUCCACACUCUGGAUAAUAAAUCGGAAACCGGCCGAAUCCCCACGAAAAAUCCGACCGGCCGAAUCCCCACGCGACCAGUUUAAAAUGACCUCCCCAGAAAUAAAAUCCCUCGGAUUUCACACCUUCAUCCGAAGUCUGAAAUCCUUCGAAACGUAGGUACACGUUGGAGGAAAGAAAUGAGUAGCUCUUGACAACACAAUCCACGUUGGAAUAUACCAUCUCAAUAAUAACAUCCUGAAUAUAUGUGUAUCUUUUUUCAGCAUUUAUGUAUUUGACAUGGUGCAGUCGUCAUGCACAUUUCUUAAAAUAUCAAGUUUCCAAUUAAUUUACUGCGCCGUGUUUGCAUUCCUUCAGCGAAAAAAUGUAUUGCAGUUCCAAUCGCCAUAUCGUUGAUAACAGGUCAUUAUUUUUCCGAUCCACUAUCAGCAAAUUCACACUUUCAACUUAUUCUUAGCCCUGACAUAAUCAUCGAUAUAAAACGGGGCAUCUCUCUUUAACUCUUUUUUAUUUUUUUCGAAUCCCUUGGGGCUCACUUUGACCGGAACCCGCAGUGCUCGGAAAAACCGGAAGAGCCGGAAGCAUCGGAUGAUAAAAAAGAGGAGGAUAUCAGCCACACCGAGUAAGGAAACUCCCAGGAAGAGGCCAGCACUGUUACCGAAAGAGAUAAGAGCGUCCAUAAAAGAGAACACCAGAUCCGUUUGGUAUUGGAUACAGAACGAGCUCCGGAAAUGUACAUCCACUUGAAUUGUGUUUUCCCCUCCGCUAAAAACAAAUUAAAAUA